AUGCUGGGGACGCUUAGGGUUACCAUAUUAGCCUACUUAGUAUUCGGAUUUUGUCAAAUGAUGCUGUCAUCUCCAUAUUUGUUAUUAACGGUCCCUGAGUCUGAAUAUCUGCAAGUAAUAGAAGUCGAUGCUUGCAGUCUAGUAGAAUGCGCAGAUGUAAAGUAUCAGAGGGAGUAUAUUUCCUCCGAAAUCCUUCUUAAGACCCUACCGGACACAGGUUAUGGUUCGCAAAAACCGCCACCUGGCAUCACUAUCCAUAGAGCCCCCUUUCGCCCAGCCCUAGACUGUCCUGACAAAAAGUGCCACCCGAUAAAUCUCACCAUCAAAAAUACCUCCUCUGAAGACUCCUUUCCCCGUAAAAACAGGUCUCGACCCCUUAGUAACGAUUUAAAGAUAGUAAUGGCUGCCACUGGGAAGUGUUUUUCGGGCUGCUGUUUCCAAAUAGCCGUAGGAAACAAAAAACGAGCUAAACAACUUGAUAAUAAGAUACAUCCUUUUGCCCCUCCCAAUGACCAAAGGUGGUUAAAAACUAUAGAGGUGAAGGACUUGAAACAGACCAUUGAAAUAGAAACUGGAUACGGGGACGCAAAUGCCUGGGUUGAAUGGGUAAAGUUCACUGUUAAAACGAAUAAAAGCAAUUGCUAUGCAUGUGCCUCCGGGAGGCCAGUUGCUCACAUAGUCCCCUUUCUGCUCAGGUGGAAUCGAAACAGGAAGGGCAUGCAAUGUAUGAUAGCCCUGUAUCAGGAUAAGACUGCAUGGAAUGAAAGGAAUUGUAUAUCCCUAUCUCUAAUGUUCCCUCCCUUGGAGAAGACAGAUUUGAAAGCUCCCCCCGUUUUUGACCACGGUCGGGAAUCACACAUCAUGUAUAAGCUGACGGGGUCAAAUCUGUCCAGAGACUUGGGGGAGCUGAGGUUAUGUAUAGAAACUCAGAAUGACACCGAAACGGACAAAGGAGGGAACUACUCAGCACUCCAGGUUCCCCGGGCGGAUCUCUGGUGGUACUGUGGAGGCAGAAUAUUGCGAUCUACCCUACCUCCAGAUUGGAGAGGGAUAUGUGCAAUUGUGCAAUUGGCAAUCCCAUUCACCUUGGCAUUUGAGAAGGAGAAGGUGGUAGUAACAAAGAAUGAGAGAAGUAAAAAGUCGUUAUUAGAUACUUCCUUUGAUGAUAGGAUUUAUCUCGACUCUAUAGGAGUUCCUAGAGGGGUCCCUGAUGAGUUCAAGGCCCGCAACCAAAUUGCAGCAGGUUUUGAAUCAGCCCUAUUUUGGUGGGUAAUGGUCAACAAGAAUGUGGAUUGGAUAAACUAUAUUUUUUACAACCAGCAAAGAUUCAUCAAUUACACUAGAGAUGCAGUCAAGGGUAUUUCUGAGCAACUUGAUGCAAUCAGCAGAAUGGCCAGGGAAAACAGACUGGCCCUAGAUAUGAUCCUAGCCGAAAAAGGGGGUGUAUGUGUGAUGUUAGGGGGAAGCUGUUGUACCUUUAUUCCAAAUAAUACUGCACCUGAUGGGUCAAUCUCUCGUGCCUUGCGAGGAUUGACCACCUUGGCGGAAGAAUUGGCUGAGAACUCAGGAGUGCACACAUCACUCACGGAAUGGCUGAAAUCAUGGUUUGGGAAGUGGAAAGGCAUGGUAGUCUCUAUCUUCACCUCCCUGAUAGUGGUAGCAGGGGUACUGACAGCAAUUGGCUGCUGUAUCAUACCUUGUGUACUGGGGUUAACCCAGCGGCUAAUUGAGACAGCCUUGGCAAAACAAAUGCCUCUAAAAGAUGAUCAGGCAGAGGAACUCAACCUCUUGAACAAUGAGGGGAUGGGUGACCUUAAGGAAUUAGCCAUUAUAAAUGAAGUCUCAGGGAUGAUGCUAGCAAACUGGAAGGCAACAUAUGAGACAAAUGCAGAAGACAACAUUUAGUAGCCAAGAAGAAAAAAGGGGGAUUGUAAGGUAUACGGUUAAAAUUGUGCAGAAUAAGGGAACAGGUGUUGCUUCUGCAAAAGCUUACAUUAUAAAAUUAGGCUGCUCAUGCAAAUGCUAAACAGUGAGAAGCGAAAACAGAUAGAAUUAUCUAUGACAAAUAAGGCAGAGCAAUCGUGGAGCGGGAUGUACCAGGCAU